UUUAAAAAUAUUUUUAGGUUUCAUUCCUCGAUGCUGAAAGCAUUCAAAUCCCAUCUAAAACAAUUAACAUCAUGUCUCUGCAUUUUUAAAUGUUGUUCCAAAUCAAAUAAUUCUAUCCAACCACAACCUGAACUUGCUAUAAAUUCAAUUAUGCCAUUUCCACUAAAUGACCCAACAAAAACUAAUAAAAGAGUAAAUAAUUAUAAAUCAACCAAAGCUUUAUUGACUGGACAAAAAUUAAUUAUUGGGAGAGAAGAGGAACAACGAGUUUAUUUUAAUGAAUUGCGUAAAAGUUGGGAUGUGCCACCCUGUGAAAUGAAAAAGAAAUAUAUUAAAUAUUAA